ACUGCCAUGAUAAAGGUUCACUUGGUUAGGAUUUGUGGCACGGUAUUUGGGGAUGGUGAAGUCAUGAUCCAUAUUGACCAGGAAUAUGAGAUCAAAAUUGCAUUGUAAUUGUAUGUCCUCUCUGUUUGGUGACUGAGAAAGUGGAGGAAAAUUGGAGAUAAUUAUCUAGCCCCAUUUCAUGGAUCAAAUGACUAGGAUACAUGCACAGUGAUGCAAUUUUGUUGACGUCAGUGGAGAUAACAACAAUUCUGGUUUAGGUGAAGAAGCCAAGAAAGCAUACAAGUCAAAGAACCCAUUCCACAAGACAUGCUUCUAUUAUUGCAAGUCCUUGAUAAAAGGAAAGCUGGGAAUGAGGUGUUCUUGACUUGUUUAGUCUUUGUAUUUUACCCUGUAGUUUUCUAUUUCUUUUCUUGCUAAUAUUAGUUCCCAUAGAAAUUAAUGCCUAACUACUCUAUUUUUCCAUGGUGGUGGGGACUGCUAGAAAGAGAGAGCUGUUGUCAGAAAUUGGGAGGUUUGCACACUAGUCAACAUUCAAGACUAGUGUUCUUCUAAGCUGCCACUAUAAAGUUUUUAUUUUUUUAUUCAUUAAAACUUGCAAAGAAAUGAACAUUCCUUUUUUAAACUUUAUUGUCAUCAUCCUCUUACUGUUUUUCUUCACUAGAUUCUCAUGUGGAGCUGAUAUCAUCACCUCAUCCACCAAUCUUAGUGAUGGUAGAACCUUGGUUUCUAGUGAUGGAAGCUUUGAACUGGGGUUCUUCAGUCCUGGAAGCUCUGCCAAGAGCCGUUACUUGGGAAUUUGGUACAAGAAUAUCCCAGUUCCAACUGUUGUUUGGGUUGCAAACAGGUGUGACCCAAUUAAUGACACGUCUGGUGUUUUGAUGAUAAACAGCACAGGCAAUCUGGUACUCCUCAAUCAGAGCAGCGGGAGUGUUGUCUGGGCAUCAAACUCAAAGAAAGAAGCUCAAAACCCUGUAGUUCAGCUCCUGGAUUCUGGAAAUCUUCUUCUACAGGAUAGAACUCCUGGUAAAUCAGAUAUAAUUUUGUGGCAAAGCUUUGACCAUCCUACUGAUACUUUGCUGCCAGGGAUGAAACUUGGAUGGGACUUAAGGACUGGUCUUAAUCGACAAAUAUCGGCAUGGAAGUCCCCAGAUGAUCCAUGCCCAGGAGACUUAAUUUAUGGGGUAGAGCCAUAUAAUAAUCCUGAUGCUGUUAUUUGGAAAGGCUCGAGAAGAUACUAUCGGACAGGCCCCUGGAAUGGCAUUGGAAUGAGUGGUGCACCCCAAUUGAAGCCAAAUCCAUGGUUUACAUUCAACUUAGUCUCAAAUGAAGAGGAGGUUUACUUCAUUUUUUACCUCAAAAACAAAUCAGCAAUCACAAGGCUUAUUGUGAACCAAACUACCAGUAGGGGGGAACGCUAUUUGUGGAAAGAAGACACUCAGACUUGGAUAGAGUACAGCCAUUUUCCAUGGGAUGACUGUGAUACCUAUGGGACUUGUGGGGCAUAUGGGACCUGUGUCAAUACAGCACUACCGCCUUGUCAAUGUUUAAAAGGUUUCAAGCUGAAAUCACAAGAAGAAGGCUCAAUGGAUUGGUUUCAGGGAUGUGUGCGCAAUAAACCUUUAGAUUGCCAUAAAGGUGAUGGAUUUAUCAAAUUUGGUGGGCUGAAACUACCGGAUACUGCACAUUCUUGGGUGAAUAAAAGUAUGAACCUCAAUGCGUGCAGGGCUAAAUGCUUAGAGAAUUGUUCUUGUAUGGCCUAUACAACCUUGGAUAUUAAAGAGACCAGCGGUUGUGCAAUUUGGUUUUAUGAUCUAAUUGAUCUUAAACAGGUCCAAUCUGCUGGGCAGGAUUUAUACAUUCGAAUGGCUGCUUCUGAUUCGGACCACACAGAGACAAAAGGAAAGACUAACUUGAUGGCAGGACUAAUAAUUGCAGCUGCCAUUCUUGUAGUUACUCGUGUUCUUGUAAUCACCUACUACAUUAGAAGGAGCCAUCGGAACAUACAAGGAAGAGAGAAUGGCUGCAGUGAUGAAAGACAAAUUGAAGAUAUGGAGUUCCCAUUGUUUGAGUUAGAUUUAAUAUCAAAUGCCACCAAUAACUUUUCUUCAAACAACAAGCUUGGAGAAGGUGGCUUUGGGCCUGUGUACAAGGGUACUCUACCAGAUGGAAAAGAAAUUGCUGUGAAGAGGCUCUCAAGAAGCUCUGGACAAGGAUUAGUUGAAUUUAAGAAUGAAGUAGCACUUAUAGCCAAACUUCAACAUCGAAAUUUUGUAAAGCUUCUAGGAUGCUGCAUUCAAGGGGAGGAGAAAAUGCUGAUUUACGAGUAUAUGCCCAAUAAAAGUUUGGACUACUUCAUUUUUGACCAUACAAGGAGGAGUCUAUUAGACUGGCCAAAGUGUUUUCACAUUAUUUGUGGAAUUGCUAAAGGGCUUGUCUAUCUACAUGAAGAUUCUCGAUUGCGGAUCAUCCAUAGAGAUCUCAAAGCAAGCAAUAUUUUGCUUGAUAGCGAAAUGAAUCCCAAAAUUUCUGACUUCGGCAUGGCUAGAGCAUUUGGAGAACAAUCUGAGGGGAACACAAAGAGAGUAGUUGGAACCUAUGGUUAUAUGGCACCAGAAUAUGCCAUUGAUGGGAACUUCUCAAUAAAAUCUGAUGUUUUCAGCUUUGGCAUAUUGUUGUUGGAGAUAAUAAGUGGGAAGAAGAAUAAAGGGUUUUACCAUCUUAACGAUAACCUUAACCUUAUUGGACAUGCUUGGAGACUGUGGAAAGAAGGAAAUGCUUCAGAACUGAUUGAUUCAUUUGUACAAGAAUCUUGCACUCUAUCAGAAGUAUUAAGGUGCAUCCACAUUGGUCUCUUAUGUGUUCAACAAUAUCCUGAGGAUAGGCCUAGUAUGUCAUCUGUGGUUUUAAUGCUGGGUGGUGGGACUGCACUGGCAAUACCCAAAGAACCUGGUUUCCUUUUUGGCAAGAAAUCACUCAAAACAAUUCCUUUGUCCAGCAAGCCUGAAUCUUCUUCACCCAAUCAACUUAGCUACUCAGUGUUGGAGCCUCGAUAAAGGUAAUUACUUGAAAACUGGCAUGCCCUGUGCUGCAAAUAUUACUUAGCUGAAAUAGGUAGGAAUUUGGGUUAAAUUGAUAAUACGAAUCAGCAUGCUUGUCUGAUUGGGAUUUUCCAUCAGUGGGUAUUUUCAGUGCAUAUAUUGAGUCAACUUUGCUUGUAAUUAAUUUUAUUGAGUUGCUUGUAUCGAAUUUGCAUUCCUAAGUUAGAAUGCAUGUACCUGAGUUGUAAUGAACCUAUAGCUUGAGUUGACUACAAAACUAGUUGUGGUUUCCUUGCCUGGAAACUUCACGAGCUUAGUCUGAAUUUGUGUGGAUAUUACCGAGUAUGACAGAACUUUAUGUGCAUAUCUAGAAAAAUCAAUGCAUGUAGAUAUAUGAACUACAAUUUAAUAUGUGAAAAGGCAAGUGAUUAUUUGUUGUGAACUAUACUAAUUUCGGGGGACUUAAUUCCUAUUAAUAGUGUGGACAAUAGCUUGGUUCGUGGUAUUCAGUGGAUCUUUCAGAGUUAUAGUGGACCUCACCUCUGGCUGUAGGGUGAGUGAGACUGGCUUACUCUAAUGUGAGUGCUAGCAUAUUUGGUGGACUUAAUAGCAUUGUGAUUUUGAUAUGGGUGUUCUGUUUUGUUCUAUUCUGUAUUGCGAUUUUGAAGGCAAUUGUUAUGGUCACACAAAGAAUUGUUAAAGCCAUAUAAAAAUAAUAUAAAUGUAUUUGAUUU